AGGUCUAGAGGCGGGACAGGAGUUCGCUGGUGGUAGUGCGGGUGACCAACACGGAAGGGCCAGUCCGUCCGUCGUGCCACGGCCUUCACCUCUACGACAACGCUCAGACCGUCAUCCGGAUGCCAACUGGGCUUACUGAUGGCGGAGGCGCUGAAGGAGGAAGCACGGGCGGCGGAGGAAGGACGGGCGUGCCUGGUGGGGGUGUCGACGGCGGCCCUACCAGAGACGAUGAUAAUUCAGAUGGUGAUGAGGCUAGCUGGUGGCAGAUGGUUGUACCGGCAAUGGUGAUGGUGGUAGGAGUGGUGGUGGUGGUGGUGGUAGUGGUGGUUGUGGUGGUGAGGACACGUCAUGGUCAGCUCAUAACAAGACUUACACAAGGAGAACAGGUGAACCUGACGGAGAUGGUGACGGGGGGAACCAGCUGCCACUCCUGUGACACCACUACAGUGUUCCAGACCUUUCAUGUGGACAUAUCGCCAGUACCUAUCAGCCGCGCGUGUCAGCCGUCAGUAUCCGUCAGCCGUGUAUGUCAGUCAGGGGAGGAGAUGAGAGCUCCGCAGUGGUGUCCGGCAAGGGUAGCAUCCACCUCUGUUCCUAACCAGCCCUUACACCUUGAAGGAGGCGGUGAAGAACAGGAAGUGAUGGCCUCAGAGUGGUGUUCUUCGGGGCUGGCAUCCUCCUUUGUUCCUAGUUUGUCUUUACACCUGGAGGAGGCAGCGAGGGGCCCACACUGGUGCUCUACAGAGAUGGUGUUACCUCCUGCUGCCCCUAGCCUGUCCUUGUACCUUGAGGGAGACAACCAAGGAGCCCUGGAGGAAGAGGUGCAGAAGGAGGAGGAGAGAACCCAGCAGUGGUGUUCCUCAGGGGUUCUAUCCACCAGUGUUCCUAGCCUGUCCUGACCCCUUGACGGAGACACUGAAGGGGCACCACCUCCCACACACAACCCGUAAUGAUGAAGCUGAAAGUUACUACUAGCUGGGUGUUGAGGCUUCACAGGCAGGAGUACACAGACGCCGCCUGACGAGUGUUACAGCGUGACAUGAGAUCCAGAAUGACUGAUUUUACUCAUUACAACAACAACAACAAUAAGUGUCAGCAUACAAAAGGACUUUGCUGACACUGACAAGACAUACUCGGCACCUCAUUACAAAGUGUUCACACGACCUUCAAGAUGGCUGACUGUUCCUACUGGUCUCUCUCUUAAAAAUAAAAAAGUUAGUUUUAUAUUUUGCUAAGUAAAUAUAUCCUGAGAGUACAGUAGUUAUUUAAUGGUAGUUGUUGUGUUAGUGUAUCAGGCCAGGGCACUAACCACCUGUACCAUAACGAUAGUAAAUUAAUUAAACAGUACUAACCCAGUA